AUGUCGAAACGCUCCGCCGAUAUUGAAAUGGGCGACGCCCCCUUGAAGGGCGGCGACCGCCCUGAGGGCAUGGAAAUUGACGAGAAGGACCCUGGCAUGGGCGAGUUUGAAGACGAAUUCGAGGACGAGUUCGAGGAGGACGAGAUCAUGGAGGCUGGUGUUGACGGACGGCCUGAUGCGGAGAGAGAGGCCGAGGAGAAGGAAGCCGCGGUUGACCAAGGCACCUUCAUCGUUGGACGAAACAAGCUUGAAGCCGGCCAGACACUCGCGCCCGAUGUUUCGACAUAUGAAAUGCUGCACAACAUCAGCACACCGUGGCCCUGCUUGUCGUUCGAUAUCCUCCGCGACAGCCUCGGCGACAACCGCAAGGUUUACCCCGCCACCAUGUACACGGUGGCCGGCACACAGGCAGAGAACGCCAGGGCCGGCGACAACCAGCUGAUGGUUAUGAAGUUCAGCGGCCUGAGCCGCAUGGAGAAGGGCGAAGAGGACUCUGAUGACGACGAAGACGACGAUGACGAGGAUGCCGACCCCAUUCUGGAGCACAAGGCCAUCCCCCUGAACUCGACCACGAACCGAAUCCGCGCCCACCAAAUCCCGUCGCAAGACGCCUCCCGACCCCCGACCACCCUCACGGCGACCAUGACCGAGUCCUCCAACGUUUUCAUUCACGACAUUACCCCCCAUAUCUACUCCUUCGACAACCCGGGCACCGUCAUCUCCGCCCAACAAAACAAGCCGGUAUCGACCAUUCGCGCCCACAAGUCGGAAGGUUACGCCCUGGACUGGUCCCCUCUUGUUCCCGGUGGAAAGCUCCUUACCGGCGACAAUGAUGGCCUGAUCUACCUCACAACGCGCACCGACGGCGGUGGAUUCGUCACCGACAACCGGCCAUUCCAAGGCCACACCAGCAGUGUCGAGGAGAUCCUCUGGAGUCCGUCCGAGCAAUUCGUCUUCUCGUCCGCCUCGAGCGACGGCACGAUCCGUGUUUGGGACGUUCGUAGCAAGAGCAGAAAGCCCGCGUUGUCCAUGCAGGUCAGCUCGACCGACGUCAACGUCAUGUCGUGGUCGCCCCUCACGACGCACCUGCUCGCCUCGGGUGCGGACGACGGCGAGUUCGCCGUCUGGGACCUGCGCCAGUGGAAGCAGAGCUCGACCUCGCUCUCGGACAAACCGUCGCCGAUUGCCAGCUUCAACUACCACAAGGAGCAGAUCACGAGCAUCGAGUGGCACCCCACAGACGACAGCAUCAUCGCCGUCGCGGCGGGCGACAGCACCGUUACCCUGUGGGACUUGGCGGUCGAGCUCGAUGACGAGGAGAGCAAGGACACCGGCGGCGUCAAGGACGUGCCGCCUCAGCUGCUGUUCGUGCACUACCUGUCCAACGUCAAGGAGCUGCACUGGCACCCCCAGAUCACUGGCAGCCUGGUGGCCACGGGUGACGAGUUUAGCAUCUUCCGCACAAUUAGCGUUUAG